CCCGGACAGUAUUGGGCGCAGGACAGCUUCAGUUGACAUUGCUGCUACCGAGAAGAGGUUGUUAUUAAACCUGUAGCUUCUUCUCCAGAAGCUGCAUCCGCUUUUCAGCUCUGAUUCCCCGCAGAGAGAGGAGCCAUGUACCGGAGGCCGCUGCUCACCACCCUCAGAACCCUCUUUAUUAACGGGAGCAGACCCUACGGACAGGAAUUCUGUUCAGUCCGAGCUCUGGCCUCUCCCUGUUUAACAUCAUGUCGCACCCUGCACAGCACCCCACAGCUCUUCAAUGUGAACGAGAAGCCACAGCACACAGAGGAGGAAGUGGGAGCGUUCACCAAACUCAUCGAGGUCAUGGGCUUCACCGGACCCCUCAAAUACAACAAAUGGAAAAUCAAGAUAGCUGCGUUGCGCAUGUACACGUGCUGCGUAGAGAGAGUCAACUACGACGAGUUCUUCGACAAGUGCUCCCUGCCUGACACAAUGAACUCCUGGUUCUUAGUUGCACAGCUACAUAUAUGGAUGUGUAUGGUGCGGAUGCGUCAGGAGGGCAGAGAGGGGAAGUACAUGUGUCGCUGGCUGGUGCACUCCAUGUGGGAGGACGUGGAGCAGAGGAGCAAAAUCAUGGGGGUCGAUUCCAGCCACAGAAAGGAGGGGAUGAGGUCGAUGACGGAGACGUUUUACGCUGCAAUAUUUGGAUAUGAUGAGGGCGUGCUGUCUGAUGACUGCGUGCUGGCUGCAGCUCUGUGGAGGAAUCUGUUCAGUAAAGAGUGUGAAGACCCCAAACAGCUGGAGCUCAUGGUGGAGUACGUGCGCAAACAGAUGCAGUUCAUCGACGCUCUGGACGGGGAGGACCUGAUGCUGUCGGGGGAGGUGAAGUGGCGCCCCCUGCUGGAGGAAAACGCUCAGAGCAUCCUGAAGGUGGCCACGCCCACUUAUAACGACACAGGGCUGUGACUUCCUGUUUCCUCCACUUCUUCUUCUGUCCUCGUGUAACCUCUCUUCCUCCUCGGUCACAUAAGGAUUUUAAAUGUGUCGCUUCUUAUCCUCUUACUUGUUUGUAGAGACUAUGUUUUAUCUCAGCGUGAAAAAAACAAGGAAGCAUCAUCGUUCGACCUCUUUGUUUUUCCGCUCCCUCUCUGCAGACACACACACACACACACACACACACACACACACACACAG